AUGUCCGAUUCCGCAUCCCAGCUUGCAAGUGAGGCAAAAUCAACCCACCAAAGUCUGAAAGAGCUUCUCAAAACUCGCCUUCCAUGGGAUAAAGAGGUUGAGUUUCAAAGGAAGAGUCUCCGACGUCUGUAUCUUCGCCUAUUAUUCGUCGAUCCAUACGCAAAAGAAUCCAAAGAUGCCGAGACUCAUCUUUGGAUGCAGACCUCUUAUCAAUUCAUUUCAAACUACAAGCAGAGUGUCGCAACUCUCGAUCGGACCCUGCAAUCCGCGCCCCGCCAUCAGCCCAGGCAGAGUAAUCAUGGCCCGGUGGAGUAUCGCAAACUGAUGCAACGUUUCCGCCAGUUUCUUGCUGAAGAAGAGAAAUUUUGGACACAACUGGUAGCUCGAUAUCAGCGCUCCUUCUCCCUUCACGAAGCACAGCAUAUACUCUCUACCUUGAACAUUGCGAUUCCAGAUGACCUUGGUGCUCCCAAUGGCUCCAUUGGGGUACACGAAGGUGUCCCAAACUCCGGUUUCGGUCGCAACCAAUUUCAAUUCCCCCUCGAAGGCAAUACGCCUUCUCCUACCAGCUCUGCCGAACGUGAAACAAAUCUCGCCAUCCUCAGCAAGGCUAUAGUAUGUUUGGGUGACAUGGAACGAUAUCGGGAGCUUUACAACGAAGGUGGAGGGCGUCCUAGAGCCGGUCAGGAAGAUGGCACAGGGUCUGCUAGGAGGGGUGGCCGCAACAGGAGAGGUGGCGCACCAGGCUUUGAUUCGGUACCACGCGCCAGGAACUACGACAAAGCUGUCCAGUGCUACGAACAAGCGCGCCGUUUGGUCCCUUCGGAGGGCAAUCCAUCCCAUCAGCUAGCCAUUCUCGCUUUCUAUCAGAAUGACAUGUUCAGUUCGCUUCUCCAUUACUAUAGAGCGCUCUGCGUUCGUCAGCCUUAUGACACCGCAUCUGAGAAUGUCAAGAAAAUUCUCAAUAAAUCGCUCGAUCAGCACGCCAAGAGGACACGGGAAGGGGUGCAAGCCGCACCCGAGAUUGGUGAUUUACCGCCACGCUUAAGAGUCGAGUCCUUUAAGGAGAAAGUUGUGCUAUUGCAUGCAUUAUGGCGAUUAGGUUCAGAUAAAUCAAGGUUAAAUCCCAUUGUGCACGCAGCAGAUGUCGUCAAGGAUUUCGCCGCUCUUGUUGCAGAGCGCGUUCUUCCAAUUGAAAACGUGACCAAGGUCAUUGUUCUCUCUGAGGGAGCAUUAUGGAAACAUAUCAUGAUCCGGGACACGUCUCCGCCUUCGAAUAGGAGAUCCGGUGGGAUUCCUGACCCAGCUACCGUCGAAUCCCAGAUUCUGAAGCAUAUUCUUGCCAUUCAUCAAUCUCUCCUGAAGAUAGGCGCCGGUGAACUUGACAUUCCACCAGAAGACACAACUGAGAACGACCUUGCGCAGUGUAUCACAGCGGCAUUCAGGCGCACUCUACCUGCGUUGCGUGUUGCGAGCAAGUGGUUGUUAGCAAAUCUCAAAUAUGUGGCGCGUACCACAUCCCCUGCGGGGUCAAGCCAAGUCGAAGAAACUCCAGGAGUAGUCAACUCAGACAUGCCAGCCUUUUGGGAGGAUUACUUGCGUUUUUACAACGCCCUCAAAAGGUUAUUCCCAAUAGAGAAGCUACCUUCGCUGCUCUCUCCGCUGGAAGAGGAUGAGGAUCUUAGGGGCUUUCUUCCAUUGCGAAACCUCAUGAUUGGCGAUACUCCUAUGAUCGCAGACGUUGAUGCGCGCAGGGGGAACGGAUUGACCACUGCGGGGCCACAGGGCCGUGACAGCGUUCACCCAAACGAAGAACAGCUAAUGAGGAUAUCCGAUUUGCUCAAAGAUGUCCGGAAGCUCGCGGAAUCACCGGAUUCUCCGAUCCACUUGCAGGGUGAUACUUUCAAGUCUCUGCUUGAACCCACCGGAACUGCACCUGUGGCUCAGGCUCAGGCAAUCGGUGCGGAUGCUGUACAAGGGCUUAUUACGCCUGUAGUCUCGCGUCCUGAUGCUUUCGACUUGAUGCCAUUGGAGACUUAUGCGGAUGAGGAUGCUAUGACUGAUACAGGACGUACUGACAACGAUGAUCCGAUUGAAGAUGCAUUCAGAACCGUACUGAACGCUGAGGUACAAGAUGAAGGUGAUGAACUGGACGAUGACGUCGUAGUUUGGGACCCAAGGGCUUCCACUUCGCCGGUGGGUGUGGUAUCGGCCCUGCCGAUGACACCUAUAUUGCCAUCAAGCAUGAUAAACGGCAACUUCAUCAGCCCCAGUGCAUCCUCUAUUGUGUCCCCAGGCCGCGCGGCCCCGCCAUCGCCACCUUCUGCCUUCACAGGAACGACAGCUCAAGAUUUAUUAAACAGUUUCUCCAAAGCUGGUGGUGACAUUGCACGAUCUCCCCGCCGUCAGCCUAUUGCACCCCCAUCUCAAUUUCUUUUCGGCUCUGGGCCCGAGAACAUAUGGUCAACGACUCGUGAUCAGAACCCGCCAAAUCUUAGUCCCAGGCCUGCAUACAGUGUCGAGCACAAUGUAUCGACGCCAAACAACCGCGCUAUACACCCCUCUAACCGACCUCCGCCCCUGUCCUCUUUUGCACAUUCACAAUCCCCGUGGUCGCCUUCCUUUGAGUUUACGCACGAUCCGUCAAACAUUCACACAAAUCACUCCGCUUCACAACCAUCCGAUCCCGGGCACCACCAUUCGCUAUACUCGGCUAAUACAAUUCAGAGCUCCCCUUCAUAUCAGGCUGCAGCAUAUAGUGGAGUGAGUCAUCAACCCUUUGCGUACCCACAGGAGUCGUUGUACUUGAAUGCGGAGAUCGCUCCCGCUGCUCUUCCACCACAAUCGGGGCUGCACUAUCAACAGGGUGGAUUCAACCUCUCUCCUUCAGUGCAGCAGCAGUAUCCUCGGCCGAUGCAGCAUUAUUCGACUUCGUCCAUUUGGGGAAAUAUCGGGUGAUGACCACCAUCUGGUUGUCGUCGUUUAACUGAGACAUUGCCACAUGCUCGCGGAUAGAUACAACACGCUUGUGCAGAGCCCGCUAGCGGCCUGCAUUCGUUAUCACCGAGUCCAAGCCGGAGGGUGCGAGAUGCCAUUCCAGACCGUAGCAGAGUUGCACCUCCUGAUCAAGGAGUAUUAGUGACUGGUACUUUAAGGCCAAAUGCGCCUUGAGAACAAUCAGAAGUUUCA